CCGCUAGGCUGCCAGAGGGAAAGAGCCACCUGCUUCUGUACAGUCUGUGCCGCCGAGCCGUUCGCUCCCUUCCUCGUCGGUCACUGGGACUGCCGGAGCUGCCGCUUGCCCGCCGCGCCUCUAACUUCUUCCAUCCCCCGCGGACCUCGCCUGGAAAGUUACUGACCGGCGGUAGUUUCCUUUUGAAGAAGAAGAAACGUGAAGUCGUUGCCGCUCUCUGAGGGAAAGCGAAAGAGCUGAGAGAGACAGAACGGGAGGAGCCAUCUGCUCGCCUUCGCCCGCCCUUCCUUUUCUCCAGGACAGGCAGCGCCCGAAGUCGCCGUUCGCCUUGCGCUUUGCGGGGAGGCGGGAUGGAGACCCCCUCUGCCGCCGCCGCCUCCUGUCGCCGCCGCCCGCUGCCGCCGCCUUCGCUGGGGUUCCUCCUCCUGAGCUUGCUGCUCUCUGCCCUUUGCCUGCGGCCAGGACUUGGAUUGUACACAGUACACACAGUAUAUGGAGACACCAUUAUUUUGCCUUGCCAUUUAGAAGUUCCUAAUGACCUGAUGUUUGGAAAAUGGAAAUAUGAAAUUGCAAACAAGGCUUCGGAGUUUAUUGCCUUCCGAUCUGCAACCAAAAAAAAUAUACAAUAUGAUGAUGUACCGGAAUACAAAGAUCGAUUAAGUCUCUCUGAAAAUUAUACCCUAUCAAUUAAUAAUGCAAGAAUUGGUGAUGAAAAGAGAUUUGUAUGCAUGCUUGUAACAGAGGACGAUGUUUUUGAACGGUCUACAAUAGUCAAGGUGUUCAAACAACCAUCACAGCCUGAAAUUAUAAGUCAAGCAAAAUUUCUAGAAACAGAACAACUCAAGAUGCUUGGGGAAUGUAUCUCAAAAGAUGGCUACCCGAAGGGAAACCUUACGUGGUUCAAGAAUGGAGUUGUUUUGCAGUCUGUUGAAGGAACUGUUGUCAUAAAAGAACAACCAAAAGCGGAUAAAACAACUGGACUCUACACCGUGAUAUCUUCACUAGAAUAUAAGCCAACAAAGGAUGAUACAAAUGCACAGUUUACUUGUACAAUGACAUAUUUUGGGCCAACAGGACAAGAAACAAUACAAUCGGAAUCAGCAGUCUUUGACAUUCACUAUCCUACAGAAAAGGUUAGAAUUCAAGUACUUACACAAAGAAAUACCAUUAAAGAAGGUGAUAAUAUCACCCUAAAAUGUUCAGGAAAUGGUAAUCCUCCACCCCAGGAGUUUUUGUUCUACAUUCCUGGGGAACCAGAACCUAUAAGAAGUUCAAGUCUUUACGUAUUGACGGAUGUUAGAAGAAAUGCAACAGGGGAAUACAAAUGUUCACUGACUGAUGAGAGUUUGAUGGAUUCUACUCUAAUUACAGUACAUUAUUUGGAUUUGUCGCUUAUUCCCAGUGGAGAAGUUAUUAAGCAGAUUGGAGAAGCACUGCCUGUAUCCUGUACAAUUUCUUCCAGUAGAAAUGCCACAGUAUUCUGGCUGAAGGACAAUACCAGAAUGCGGGCAAGUCCAUCAUUUUCAAGUUUGCAGUACCAAGAUGCAGGAAAUUACAUCUGUGAAACUACUUUACAGGAGGUUGAAGGGUUAAAUAAAAGGCAGAUACUUACCUUGAUAGUAGAAGGAAAACCACAGAUCAAAAUGACAAAGAAAACUAGCACAGAUGGAUCAUAUAAAAUGAUAGCGUGCCAUGUGGAAGGGUUUCCCAAACCAGCAGUACAAUGGACUAGCACUGGAGGUGUCAUAAAUAAAACAGAGGAGACUAAAUAUGUCAAUGGAAAGUUUGUCAGUAAAAUCAAAAUUGCUCCUGAAGAGAAUGUUACAUUAACAUGUAUUGCAGAAAAUCAGAUAGAAAGAACUGUGACAUCUUUGAACGUAUCUGCUAUAAGUAUUCCAGAAUCUGAUGAACCAGAAGAAAAAAGUGAUGAUAAUAGGGAAAAUGUCAGUGACCAGGCAAAGCUAAUAGUGGGAAUCGUGGUUGGUCUUCUUCUAGCAGCUCUGGUGGCUGGUGUUGCUUACUGGCUAUACAUGAAGAAAUCAAAGGAUGUCAGCGGAGAGUCUCAGAAGGAAGCAGCACAGAACAUUCAAACACUCCCGAGGUCAGCUUCAAAACAUGUAGAUAAAGACCUUGGAAAUAUAGAGGAAAACAAAAAGUUAGAAGAAAACAAUCACAAACCGGAAGCUUGAGAGAGUGAACGUCAGUCACCACCAUUCCAG